AUGCAAAACCCACCCCGCAAUGAGGCUCAUCAGAUUGUAAACGUGUCUCUACACUCCCUUGCUGCCGGUAAACAAGUCAUUCUCGUUGGAGUUCCCGGUGCUUUCACUCCUGGAUGCAGCUUGAAGCAUGUUCCAGGUUUCAUUGAAAAGGCAGAGGAAUUGAAGUCAAAAGGCAUAAGUGAAAUCUUGGUACUAAGUGUUAAUGACCCAUAUGUGAUGAAGGCAUGGGCAAAGUCAUACCCAGAAAACAAGCAUUUAAAGUUCUUCUCUGAUGGCUCAGCAGCUUACAUGAAGUCUCCUGGGCUUGAGCUGGAUGGGUCGGACAAAGGUUUUGGGAUUCGAUCAGAAAGGUUUGCUCUGCUGGUUGAUGAUCUUAAAGUCAAAGUUGCUAACAUGGAAACCGGUGGGCAGCUAAAAGUUUCCAGCGCUGACGAUAUGCUUAAGGCUCUUUGACCUCAUUCAUCAAUUCCUCCUGUCCUUUUGUGUUUGUAAUUCUACUGCAAAAAUUGUUUGACAAUAAUGUUUUCAGUGUGCACUGUUAAAGAAAUCAAAGCUUGUGCUACUUAAUACUAUGUUGCUUUUUAGUUCGA